GGCGUUCCCGAAACGCCCUGCCCCCGCCAUCCUUCCUGGGUGGGGUGGGGGGGGCAUCGGAAUGGGAACCCUCGACCCCCUGCCUCGAAAGGAUGGCGAGGGUCCGGCGGACAAGGAACGCCGGACCCCUCGACCAUGCACGGUUGUCUGGAAGACCUACGAAGGGAGGACGUUCAAGACCUUCUUCCUCACGUCCGUCUUCGACAGCGCUAGGACGGACUGGGUCAAGGAAGACAAGAAGGUCUCCCUUGACCUGCGUCUCUUCCAAGGAUACGGCGUCAAGGCUUUCUCCAUGAAAGCGUUUGACGUGCAUGAGGACGAAACUGAAUUCCGAAUGCUUUCUCCAGAAGAGUUUCUCAGCAAUACAAACGCCAACCGCGUCACUGGCUGCCUUCCUGUCGUCGACAAUUCUUUUCGGAUGAGCAAACCCUUGGUCCAAUUCAACAGUCCGAUGGACCUGCUGCCAGGUGUGGUUAAGCGGUACAGGGAAGACUUCUCGAAGCUGCCGCUGGACCAGCAAGCGGACUGUGUUUUUUUGCCCUUCGAGGCGGGUUCCAAGAGCAGGCGGCAAACGCCCUCCGUGAGGGGAGGUCGUGAUUUGGCUCAGGGUUCAAGCGAGGCAACGGAGUUUGAUGACAGGCUUCUGCACCAGCGCAAUGUUGGCCGUGAAAAUUUCCAGGGCAGUGCAGUUGCCCUGGACGAGGACAACGACGAGGACGAGGAAGGAGGAAGUAUUGGCCCGCAUGACGACGGCGGUAAUGAAGCAGAUGUGGAAGUUGGGGAUGACAACAUGCAGGACCGGGGCGCGCUUGCUGACGAGGACGCCGACACGCCAAUGCAUGGUCAUGACAUCUCCCCCGCCGACGCUGUGGGAGCCGCUAUUGGUCAGCCCUCGACGUCCCGUGGAAUUUCGCUAUCGCAAAGCAGGAGUAAGGGUGGGCACGACUCACAUGCAAUGCAAGGACCGAAGGCGAGGAAAAGGACAAGGGAGACUUCUCCGUCUGCUUCUACUCACAAGAGGCAAGCCAGGACUGACGCUGUUAAUGAGGCUCGCUCCCAAAGGGUGAGACCACAAGAGCUGCAGGACUCGGGGGAUGAGGGCGAGGGAGUGGAUCCUCGCAUACCCGAAGAUGCUGAUGAGCCGGUUCAGCGCGUCGCGCCCAUCGACACUACGCGUUGUUUCUUCCUCGAAUACGACGACCAAGGCUUUGCUACGCAAGACGUCCAUGCUCUUCACGUGGACGUCAUGAGAAUCAAACGCAUUCCCUGCGGAAGGAUUCUUUUCAACCACUGCUCGUUGUCUGAAAACAUUGUGCGAGGCAUCAAGAAUGCCAUCAAAAGCUCCAUCAGCACGGACCCGGGGGCGUGGGAUAGGCCCGAGCUCGUGCUUGCGCCAGUUGACCACAAUGACAUUGUCGGCGACCAGGGAAGACGGAUCACGCCGACCGAAUUCUUGGAAAAGGACCCGACAGAGUUCGACUGGUACGCUGUCUGUGGUCAGCAUACCGUUGAGGCCAUGAAGAGAUUGUUCAGAAAGGGCUCCCCGACAGUUAAAGUUUAUGGCCUCAACGCGUACUCUAAGAGGGAAGUUGCGUUGCUCCUGCUCAUGAAGGGGAAGGUGGUCGCAAUGAACGUCAAGGUCUUGCCUCCAAGAGUGAACACAGAGUGCCUCCUCGACAUUAUGCGAAAGGAGCGGUACAUGGUGCGUAUGUUCAAUUAUGUUCUGUUCCGCGCCGAGGAAAGGGCGGACAACAAAUGGAACGACGCGUUCUUCAUGUCGUACAAGGACCUUGAAGAUAGGUAUGGGCCAAACGGUUUGUGCGCUGCUGAAUGGGAGAAGGAACGGGACAAGUUACAUGUCAAUAAGGUGAAGAUGGUCCCUCGACGACUUGGAGGAAUGGAGGAGGCAAGGCAAGGUGCGGGCUUGGGGCCUACGGCGACAAUGUAUAAGGAGGCUCCGGUUCACCUUAAGGUCUUCAUAUACACUCCAAUAGAUAAGCUCGAUUUGCUUCGCGCCGAGGUGAAACGAAUCGGCCACAGCAUGCGUCAUAUUGUGUGGGACAAGAUUGGCAAACAAACGACGUUGCUACCUGUGUGCAUGCCAUCGAAGGAAGUGUUGGCAGCGCCAGACGACAUUGUCGCUGCAGCGCAAAAAAUGACAUGCACGGCUGCCAUCGUGGACAUCCCAUCCUCGAACUUCAGCACGGCGAAAGCAAAGGUGACUGAGACCCUGAAACAUUAUCACGGUGCUCUUACUGGCGCCUUUGAGACUUUUGUCGCUCGAUGCAAGAUCCUGAAGUUCGAUCUUCAUAAAAACCAGCUGAUGUCAAAGGACUACGCUGACCUCGCGAAAUCGGGUGACGGCUUUAACCCCGUCGACAGCGAGGAAGACUCUUCAAGGUCUGACCUCGAAUUGGGUGAUGGCAAGGGUGGUGAAGGUCCGGGCGGUGGCAUGGUACGGUCACACGAUGAAGGAACCGUUCGCUCGCAUGAAAGACCCGUACAGGUGGCCGCCCACAGUGUUGGCUCGAUGGUGGCCCCAAUGGUGGGUACCGGUUUGCCAAACAUGGGAAUAUGUGGUCCCAAUGAUGAAGAUGACAUUGAUAUGCCAGGCAAGGCGUCGAAGCUCGCACCAAGCGAUCCAAUUUCUCCCGGCUAUUGUGCUGAUCCGACCACAAUUUAUUUCUUGGGGGGCAAACACGCCCGCACUGGUGAGGACAAGUGAGGCCAUGACAUCGUGUGGCAUGAGGGCAUUUUUUAGCCCUGCAUCCAAGAUGGGGAGUGGAAGAUGGCGGUCAAAUACACAAGCGGAUGGCAGACGUUUCGCCGGAUGUCAAAGGACACUUGGCUGAAAACGACGGAACUCGCGAUUAUGUACCGCGUGCAAAAGGAGAAUCCGGGGCAGAGCGAGGGCACUGUCAAAGACAAGACCAAAGAAUUGUUUUGUUUAUUGCGAGACAAUCAGCAGUUGGAGUACAGUUGGAAAUUUUACGCCCUGCGAACAAG